UCAGAGCAUGCUGAAGCGUGGCCUGGUUGAAGCGCGUGUGCCCUUCAGCCGCAGCCGCAAGUUUGAGCUGCUGAAGCACGAGAAGUUCUCUCACAAGUGGAACAACCUUGGCUUCUGAUGUGCUGCUACACUCUGCUUCUGCCUUGGAUCACGCCGGCUCCGUCCAUCUGAAGUCUUGAUAAGAUAAGAUCUCCAUCAAGCGACUACAACCAGACAGAGAGACAUAGCACGUAGUAUAAGCAGCGGAUGCAGAUUCUCCAGCUCACAAAGGACAGCAUCUCGUUCGAGACGUGGCAGCCGCUGUUCAAGGCCUACAUCACUUUCUACAAGGCAGAGUUGUCAGAUGCACAGUACACCAAUACCUACAGUCGCCUGGUCGACCCCUCAGGCGACUUGUUUGGCUUCAUUGCCGUAGAUGAAGGCGUUGUCAUUGGCUUGACGCACUAUCUAUACCAUGCAUCCAGUUGGACAGACAAGCAGUACUGUUAUCUCAACGAUCUAUACGUGAACCCCGAAAUCCGCGGUAAAGGCGCUGGCCGGGCCUUGAUUCUCGCAGUCAAGGAAGCGGCCCACCAACAAGGAGCUGCACGACUGUACUGGUCGACGCAGUACACCAACAAGACAGCUCAAGCCCUUUACGACAAACUGGCAAAAACGGAGUUCAUCAUGUACAGGAUGAAUGAUUUGUCGUAGAAGUGUAAAUAUCAUGUAGCUAUGCACGCUCGCUGCGCUUGUAAUCAAUGAAACCAAGCAAAUUAUCCAUCGUCUCAUCCGCCUUGUGCCAUAAGUCUGGUGCGCGUUGCUUAUUGAGACUCGCCUUCAGCUGCUUGACGCGUGGUACGCAGCGUUCCAGGUGUGUACAAAAGUCGCCCUGCACGAAGACUGGCUCAUCAUAGUCGAAUGCUGCGUCGGCGUAGAUGUCAAACAACG